AUGUCAAUAUGGGACAUGUCGCCUUCCGAGGUCCCUUACAGGAAGGCUCUGCUUCUUCCAUCAUCAAAUGUAGCUAGAAUCUUGCACCCUUCGCAAUGGUAUUGCAGCUUGAUGACUCCUAUAACUCCUAGAACUAAGAUACCUCUAGGGUGGCCUGGUCACUUCAUCUUCAUGACAUUUUGUCUCAGGAUACUAUCUUACAGGGAUCAGUAG